AUGGCUUCGUUCUUUGCCAAAGCGAGGGAACGUGCCGAAGCGGCUGCUCAGCAGUUGCAAGCUCAUCAUGCCGCUUCCUCCGCCAACAAGAUAGGUGAUGCUUCGGGUGCCGGCGAAACAUCGUCGACCACCACCUCCUCAGGAACUGGCUCCGGCUUCACCUACACUGGCUCCGUUCCUCAUCUGCUUCGACACGGCAUUGCAUCCGUAGAUCCUCGCUACGAAUCUACUCGCCAGUUCCAUCUUCUCAGCCAAGCCAUCAAGGGAUUCAACAUCGACCACGAGGCCGCUGGUCGAGAGGCCAAGAGUCUUGCCAAGGCCACCUUCACCUGGGGUCAGCAUCAUCUGCCGGAGAAACGUGAUGACAGCGUCGGGGAUGAGGUGUUGGUAGAUGUCACCGACCGUCUUGCCUACGUAUGGCACGAAAUCGGCCAGCUUGAAACCGCUCACAGCCAACGAUCCGAGCAGGCACGCAGCCGUCUCAAGCAAUUCGAAAAGAGCGAAAUGGAGCUUGGCAUCCGCAGAGCCAACCGCAGCAAACUCAAGAAGGAACUGCACGCUCUCGUUCCCGAACGUGCUAUUGCUUCUGGAAGCGCGCGAGCUCAGGAGGCCGAAGGUCGCCUCCAGAAUCUCAUCAACGACGACCAGGCGGACGAAGAGUAUCUCAGUCACGUCAAGCGUGAAAGUUUCAAGGAAGGCUAUGCUGCCAUGUUCGACAGUCUCAUCGAGUUUGGCGAGAAGAUGACCCUCGUUGCUCGUUACGGCAAGCUGCUCACCACCGUCAUCCCCACAGACAAGUCGUCCUUCCCUGCCUCAGUCAAGACUCGUGGCGAGAGCAUCCCGCUUUGGGAUGGCGCUUCCAAGACUGCCGAGGUUCAUGCAGCUCUUGCUGCUGCUCUUGCUGGCUUCAAGCUGGAUCUUUCACUCCCUACUUUGCCCUCCAACCCAGCACUUUCGUCAACUGCAAAUAUCGGUCGUGCCGAGACGGUAUCAUACGGCGUCUCUCACCGCGCUGAGUUUCAGGAGGAUCAAACGGCCCAGACCGGCCAAGCGUCUCAGGCAAUUCCUCCCACGCCUGCCGCUGUAGCCACCCCACCAUCGCCUCGACGUAGCAGCAUCUCGUCGGAUCGAGGAGAUCGUCUUCAGCCUGAUGCAGCUGGCAGCGGAUCCAACCAGAAGCUGAAUUUGAGUCCAUCGACCUUGCCAGCUCCAUUGCUGCCGCCUCGACCUCAACGCAGUCCCUCAGCCGGAACUUCCGACACGCUGCGAUCGCCAAUCGCUAAUCCGUUUGCUGACCUUAGUUCCGCGGCUGCAGCAGGAGGCAGCGCUGUAGCCCAAGACGAGGAGGCUGCCGGGCCCCCUGGCCCUACUGUCGCCGAAACGGGCGUCAUUCCUACAGGCCCUGGCGGCCCCAAGUCGGGUACUCUUCGUCCUCGUAGAUCUUCGGCCAGCCAGCGCUCUGCAUCCAUCUCGGCAGGUGCUGUCGCCUACCUCGGUCCAACUGGCACCUACAGCCACCAAGCUGCACUCAAGGUGUUCGGCGAGGCAGGCACCAACCUCAUCCCAAUGCAGAGCAUCACCGGUGCUAUCGACUUUGUGCGCCGAGGCACACCAGGCAACGCCAAGAUCGCGAUCGUGCCUGUCGAGAACAGCACCUUUGGUCCAGUCCGCGAAACCUUUGACAACCUCUUGGGCAUCAGCAAUGGCGAUCGUCACGCCUUCAAGCCUUCCGAUGGCACUCGAGUGCACGUCGUUGGUGAAGCAUGUCUCAACAUCGACCAUGUCUUGCUCUGCGGGCCCAAGACGUACCAUCACCUGUUGUACUUGCAAGGUGACACGGAUGCGAAUGCACCGAUCCGAGACGACACACUGUCCAACAUCACCAACGUCAUUUCUCACGAGCAAGCGCUGGGCCAAUGCUCGCACUAUCUCACACGAUACCUGCCUCAAGCCAAGAAGAAGGCUGUCGAGUCGACAGCUGCAGCCGCAGUCACCGCUCUGGAGUUCGAGAACGGCACCGCACCUGGCAUGCCGUCCACAUCGAUCAGCCAUGCUUACGAAUCGCUUGGCUUCUCAUCCCACUCGCUCAUCGCAGCUGUUGGUGCAGAGGCUGCAGCAACCGCUGUUGGCGUGAGAGUCCUGCGCUCUAAAAUCCAAGACGUCAACGACAACCGCACACGUUUCCUGGUGCUAGCGAGUGAGCCGCUUCAGGGCUUGCUGGCCAUCAACGCGCUCCCUUCGUCGCUGUCGUGGCUGUAUAGCUCGUCAGCUCCGGCAGGCAUGACGGGUCGUUGUUUGAUCAGCGUCAAUGACGCACUUACUUCGGACCUGUCGUCGGAGGCGGGCAACUACCUCGAUAGCCCCAGUGUGCUCGACAGGCUGGUUUCAGAGCUUCGCAAGCUGGACGACAUCUCGAUCCGCAAGGUCGAUCGUCGACCCGCAUCUAUCACGGCGACCGCAGUCGCAGGCAGCAUCUGGAGGGGUAGCUACGUAUUUGAGCUUCAAUACUCUACCGCAUCAGCCAGAAGUGCUGAAGCCAAGAUCCGACAGCUGGUCACUGAUCUUUCGGUAGGAAGCUCUGCCAGUACCACUAUGAGUGCUGCAGCUCCUAUCAGCUACCUCGGCAGCUGGUUAGUCGAUGGCGCCACUCUGCGCGGUGAGCCGAUGAAGGGCGCGGAUGUGGGUGCUGGGUCACUGCCAGUCUCUGGAAGCUCGUACACGCCGGGUCACAGUGCAGCGACGCAGUUCCCUGCCUCGUCCAGCUCGAACGUGGCACACAGCUCAGCAGAUCCAUACGUGCACUUGACAGAGAGGGAGCGAAAGGAAAUGGAAGCUAGGCAGGAAGAUGCCGAGGUGCAGAGACACGCGGACCAAGCACGAUUGCAACGACAGCCGCAGCAGGCAGAGCUGUACGGCACUGAGAUCCAGUCAUCUGGCUCGGCCGCCGGUCGAACGCAGCCACUUGCGGGUGUGCAGGAGAGUGCCGCUGAAGCACCAUCGAACGAGGAAGAUCAGUUACCCGCCUAUCAGCCGCUGGAUCCAUCUUCUCGAAGCUAA